UACAUAACGAUGCCUGCCACUGACUACCUCUCUACCGCUCCAUACCACGUGAACACUUUAGCUGCCUUGAUCUCCUCUAUUCACUGCACCGUUAGACAACCGCGCGUGAUUUCCAUGGGAACGUCGUCACGCAAAAGGAAAUUACCGGGUUUGCUUGGUCAGUGGGCUUGGUUGGUUGACAGUAAUCUUGCUAUGGCUGCAAAGGGACAAAAGAGGGCUGACCCUACUGAGCUGAAAGCUAUUUUCAUAAAGUAUGCCAGCAUCCAGAAGAACAAUGAGGCCUUCAUGUCUCCAGAGGACUUUGUGGCCCGGUUUCUUUAUGCACACACUGACAUCAGGCUGUCUGACGAGGCCACCUCACUGCUGGCUGGGGUGGUGGACCAGAAGAAAGAUGGGUUGAUCUCCUUCCAGGAGUUUGUGGCCUUUGAGUCGGUCCUCUGUGCCCCAGAUGCUCUCUACGUGGUUGCCUUCCUGCUGUUCGACAAGACAGGCAAAGGAGCAGCCACCUACGAGGAUGUGAAGCAGGUCUUCAGCCAGACCACCAACCAUCAGCACAUCCCCUUUAACUGGGAUUCUGAGUUCAUGCGGCUGCACUUCGGCACGGAGAGGACCAAACACCUCAGCUAUGGAGAGUUCACCCAGUUCCUCCUGGAGAUGCAGUUGGAACAUGCACGGCAGGCCUUUGUUCAGAGGGACAAGGCCCACAGCGGCUCCAUCUCCGCCCUGGACUUCAGGGACAUCAUGGUCACCAUCCGGCCCCACAUGCUCACACCCUUUGUGGAGGAGAGCCUGGUGGCGGUGGCCGGAGGCAGUACAUCUCACCAGGUCAGUUUCUCCUACUUUAACGGUUUCAACUCUCUCCUCAACAACAUGGAUCUCAUUAGGAAGAUCUACACCACACUGGCUGGGAGCAGUAGAGUCCUGGAAGUCACUAAAGAGGAGUUCAUCAUUGCGGCCCAGAGGUUUGGUCAGGUGACUCCAAUGGAGCUGGACAUCCUGUUCCAACUGGCCGACCUCUCUGAGUCCCGUGGCCGUGUUGGUCUGGUGGACAUUGACAGGAUUGCUCCGCUGGAGGAGGGGGCCCUCCCAUACAACCUGGCCGAGGUCCAGAGACAGCUGUCCGGUGGUGAUCCGUCCCGAUCUGUUCUCAUCCAGGUAGCAGAGUCCGCCUACAGGUUUGGCCUCGGCUCCAUCGCCGGCGCUGUGGGAGCCACAGCAGUUUACCCCAUAGACCUAGUGAAGACCAGGAUGCAGAACCAGAGGACCACAGGCUCCCUGGUGGAAGAGCUCAUGUACAAGAACAGCUUGGACUGCUUCAAGAAGGUGCUGCGCUACGAAGGCUUCUUCGGCCUCUAUAGAGGUCUGGUACCACAGCUACUGGGUGUGGCCCCGGAGAAAGCCAUAAAGCUGACAGUGAAUGACUUUAUCAGAGGGAAGACCAGACAGAGAGAUGGAUCAAUCCCUGUACCUGCUGAGAUCGUGGCUGGUGCAUGUGCGGGUGGAUCCCAGGUGAUUUUCACCAACCCUCUGGAGAUUGUGAAGAUCCGCCUGCAGGUGGCUGGAGAGAUCACCACCGGCCCCCGCGUCAGCGCCAUAUCUGUCAUCAAGGACCUGGGUUUCUUUGGUCUCUACAAGGGAGCCAAAGCCUGUUUCCUGCGAGACAUCCCUUUCUCAGCCAUCUACUUCCCCUGCUAUGCGCACGUCAAGGCCUACAUGAGUGAUGAGGAUGGGAGGAUCGGACCAGGCAAGCUGCUGUUUUCAGGGGCCAUAGCAGGCAUGCCCGCGGCCUCCCUGGUGACCCCCGCCGACGUUAUCAAGACCAGGCUACAAGUGGCGGCCCGUGCCGGCCAGACCACGUACACCGGUCUCGCUGACUGCUUCUGGAAGAUUCUGAAGGAGGAGGGACCACGGGCCUUCUGGAAAGGAGCGGGAGCCCGAGUGUUCCGGUCCUCGCCCCAAUUUGGGGUCACCCUGGUGACCUAUGAACUCCUGCAGAGGUGGUUCUACAUUGACUUUGGCGGACAAAAGCCGUCUGGUUCGGAGCCGACUCCCAAGUCUCGCAUCAGCCUGCCGGCGCCCAGCCCCGACCACAUUGGAGGUUUCAGGUUGGCCGUGGCCACGUUCGCUGGCACCGAGAGCAAAUUUGGACUCCACCUCCCAAGAUACAACGUUCAAGUAACCCCCCGGUCCAAGAAGGACGCCCCUUGAAUUGAACCCCCUCUGCCCACACAUAGGGGGCAGAAUAGAGCACACGUGCAAUCAUUACACCCUCUCCCUCCCACCCCCAGCUAGUCGAGCACUUGGAAUAUUCCACCCGAAAGAGAAGCACAUUGUGAGUAGUAUGAUCUGCCUCUCUAGGCUUUAAAGAUAAAUAUGUGUCUGUUUUAGUUGAUGAUAAUUUUUUUAAGCUAUUAUGAUCUUCAGAAAUGUACCUUUCUACAUCAUGGUCUAGAAACACAAAAACGUUGUUUUAGCUUCUGUUUUUGUCUUAGCUACCCGUAAAGAUUACUUUUUGAGUCAGUCUUAUUGUGACGAUCAAGUGAUAUCUACAGUACUGACAAUGUGUGUCUAGAGUAGUGUUCCAGUUUGUCUUUUCAUACAGUAAUAUGCACAGUAGUGGAGGGGCUGGCCAUGACUUGAAUUAGACCUGGACUGCUUCCUUUCAUUACAUCAUCACUAAGGCCGGGACUCAUUCAAAAGUGCAUUGUCAACAUGUGCAUUGCACUUGCUUUUAAAGGUCAUUUACACCUGAGCCGACAUGUACCGUAUUUACCAUGAAGGCCAUCUCUUUAAAAGACACUUGACAGUUCAAUGUGCUCGUCUACAACGUGCCUUUGAUUGAAUCUUGGUCUAACCAUCACUUUAUAUGAUGGUGCUUUUACUGUCUUCCACCUGAGAGUCUGAUAGAUACCAAACAGAAUGAGCCCUAUCCGCAGUAUGGGGAUAGUAGCACAAGUACGCACAUCCGAAUCACGGUUCUACUGUACAUAUGAGAACGGAACAGACACAUCCGAAUGACGGUUCUACUGUACAUAUGAGAACGGUACAGACACAUCUGAAUGACGGUUCUACUGUACAUAUGAGAACGGAACAGACACAUCUGAAUGACGGUUCUACUGUACAUAUGAGAACGGAACAGACACAUCCGAAUGACGGUUCUACUGUACAUAUGAAUGACGGUUCUACUGUACAUAUGAGAACGGAACAGAGACACAUCCGAAUGACGGUUCUACUGUACAUAUGAAUGACGGUUCUACUGUACAUAUGAGAACGGAACAGACACAUCUGAAUGACGGUUCUACUGUACAUAUGAGAAUGGAACAGAGAGACACAUUUACAUAUUGAUACAGUUCACCAAGUCGCUUUUUGGAUACUGAGAAGAAACUAAUAUUCUUGAUCUUGAACUUCAUUUGCGAAGAAAACAUAAAAGAUUGACCAACCAAAACGCUUGAAUGUAAUAUACUGUUCACUAUUACCACCACUUGCAAGGUAUUACUACUACACCUACUAUGGUAUUGUAGUGACUGUCUGUUAUCCUUAGUUGUCUCAGUCAGAUCAAACUGGGCUGUGUGUUGUAUACAUUUCUAUUUAAAGAAUCAUCAGGGUACAACAGAGCAGGGGGAGAGAGUAGAGAGAUGUGGGGUAUACCAGAAAGCAGGAUUAUGAAGUUAUCCAGUUAACUUUGAUAAACAACCACAUACAGUGGGGCAAAAAAUAAUUUAGUCAGUCACCAAUUGUGCAAGUUCUCCCACUUAAAAAAGAUGAGAGAGGCCUGUAAUUUUCAUCAUAUGUACACUUCAACUAUGACAGACAAAAUGAGGGGGAAAAAUCCACAUUGUAUGAUUUUUAAUGAAUAUAUUUGCGAAUUAUGAUGGAAAAUAAGCAUUUGGUCACCUACAAACAAGCAAGAUUUCUGGCUCUCACAGACCUGUAACUUCUUCUUUAAGAGGCUCCUCUGUCCCCCACUCGUUACCUGUAUUAAUAGCACAUGUUUGAACUUGUUAUCAGUAUAAAAGACACCUGUCCACAACCUCAAACAGUCACACUCCAAACUCCACUAUGGCCAAGACCAAAGAGCUGUCAAAGGACACCAGAAACAAAGAUUUUCUGGAGUUUUUUUUCUAAUUUUAUCUGUCAUAGUUGAAGUGUACCUAUGAUGAAAAUUACAGGCCUCUCUCAUCUUUUUAAAUAGGAGAACUUGCACAAUUGGUGGCUGACAAAAUAUUUUUUUGGCCCCACUGUAUUAUCUUCAUUUGUAUACUGGUUGUUGUUGCCGAGUCAAUUAUAUCUCGUCAAUUUGAAGGGCUUUAUUCAAUCCAUAUCACAGUUCAGCUUUAAAGCGUGAUUGACAAUUAAAGGCAAUGUUCUUGUGGUCACAGCGACUGCAUUCACCGUAAACGCUGCGUAUGUCGGCCCUAUCACAAAUGACCUUUUCAUUUCUAGUACGCAAUCUGUAACGCUUCAGCAAUACAGACUGAACAGAGCCCUAAGUCUAUAUUUCUCAAAAUAUCUCAUUAUUUGAAGCAAUGUUGGACAGUUAGCUGGCUAACGUAUUUAUCCAGCUUUCUGGAACAGCCCAAUGGUGUCACGAAAGACAUCCGGAUUUAAACUUGUACAGUACAGGAGAGAAGUAGAAUACGGUGUGAUAAUUGUGCCUUACUGUAUGCAUGGCAGCAAUAUGUAUAUGUACUAAUGAAAUUAAACCUUAGUGAACAAA